CAAUUUUAGUCAUUUGAGACGAGGGGAGUAAGUAGGAAGAGGAAAAGAGAAAAUAUCAACACCGGCGGCCUCUGUCUCACACACAAUAGACAAAACACAGAGUCGCAAAACCCAAGAAAAAGAGAGACAAUUAUUCAUUAUUCUGUUGCACAAAGCCUUCCAUUUUUCACGCAGCCGUAGAUUCUCCAAUUCAUGGCUUCCUCUGCAAUUUUCAACAUUCUACCAUCAUCUUCAUUGAGUGCUAUUUCCUUCCGAAACAGCACAACACAUCUUACUCAAACCCCAAUUUUUUACAAACCCCUUUUAGUCAAAGCUUCUAUUUCCGUCGAUUAUUCUUCCUCCUCUAAAUCACCUACAUCUACAAAGAAUAAUAACUGGUUAUGGAAAUACAAGGACAAUUCUGUGAAUAUUUAUUACGAGGAACACGACAAGGGAAGUGAUGAGCCUUGUAAGAACAUUUUGAUGGUUCCCACCAUUUCAGAUGUUAGUACUGUUGAGGAAUGGAGAUCAGUAGCUAAAGACAUUGCUGGACGAAGUGGCAAAGUUAAUUACAGAACUACCAUUGUGGAUUGGCCUGGUUUAGGGUACUCUGAUAGACCCAAGCUUGAUUACAAUGCUGAUGUUAUGGAAAAGUUCUUGGUCGACUUCAUUAAUUCUCCUGAUGGUCCGGUGAACAAUUCGGAUAAGGACUUAGUUGUGUUUGGAGGAGGACAUGCUGCAACAAUAGCAGUUCGUGCUGCAAAGAAGGGCUUGGUGAAGCCAACAGCCAUUGCUUCUGUUGCUCCUACCUGGGCUGGUCCACUUCCUAUUGUUUUUGGAAGAGAUUCCAGCAUGGAAACAAGGUACGGUUUCCUUAGAGGGACCUUAAGGGCCCCUGCUGUUGGUUGGAUGAUGUAUAAUGUACUUGUCAGCAAUGAGAAAUCAAUACAAUCACAAUAUAAGUCCCAUGUCUAUGCAGACCCUGAAAAGGUAACUCAAGAUAUCAUUGACAGCCGAUACGCACUCACAAAGCGGCAAGGGGCUCGCUAUGUCCCUGCUGCUUUCUUGACUGGUUUACUUGACCCGGUAAAGUCCAGGGAGGAAUUUUUCCAACUCUUCGCAGAGUUGGAGGGUAGGAUACCAUGUCUAGUUCUGGGAACAGCAGGUUCUCCGAAGAGGUCAAAAGCAGAGAUGGAAGCACUUAGGGAGGCCAAAGGGGUGAGCAAGUAUGUUGAAGUCCCAGGUGCUCUCCUUCCACAGGAAGAGUAUCCUGAAAUAGUUGCAGAACAGCUUUACAGAUUUCUGCAAGAGAUAUAUGCUUAAAAUGGUUAUCAGCUCAAGUAGUCAAAGGUACAGAAGUUUUCCCUUGUACAACAGUGUGGUUUAUUGGUUAUGUUCGAAAGUAUGAGAUGACAAUGCCAGUGGCUUUAUACGUGAUAUUAUGCUGAUUUGAUUAAUGUAUGAAUUUGCAUCUAUGUUAAGGUCUUCAACCUCUUGAACCAAACCUAGAACCAAAGAAAGUGCAGCGGUAAACCAAUCUAAGACGAAAAAUGUUCUUAUUCAAUUUGCUGCUACUAUAGCAAUUUCUUGGUUUUUAUUUUUUAUUACAGAUACAUUGGUUAUUUAGCUACUCUUCAUGGCCUUCUAUGAGGAAAUAAAUGUUAUAUUGAUCUUUUGGUUCAUCA